GAGUCAUCCUCUAGUAUUUCUGUAGGCAAAGAAGAAGAUGGCGACAUUAAUAAUGGCGACGCUAAACACUCAGUUCCAUUUUACAAGCUGUUCUCUCUCGCAGACUCCGCUGAUGCGCUUCUAAUGAUCGCGGGCACGAUUGGCGCUCUGGCUCAUGGUGCUGCUGUGCCUCUCAUGACCGUGAUUUUCGGGAAUUCGAUUCAAUCUUUAGGAGGAGCUCGUGACAUCCACGAUACGGUUCCCAGAGCUUCCAAGGUGUGCCUUCAAUUUUUCUACUUAGCUGUGGGAGAUGGACUAGCUUCAUUUAUCCAGGUGUCAUGUUGGAUGGCAACCGGGGAAAGGCAAGCUGCGAGGAUAAGGAAUCUGCACUUGAAAACGAUAUUACGACAAGAAAUUGCUUUCUUCGACAAGGAAACAACCACCGGAGAAGUUGUCGGGAGGAUGUCCGGCGACACUGUUCUAAUUCAGGACGCUAUGGGUGAGAAGGUUGGCAAGUUCAUUCAGCUGCUAUCCACAUUCUUUGGAGGAUUUAUAGUUGCAUUUAUUCAAGGUUGGAUUCUUACCCUUGUGAUGCUAACCACAAUUCCGCUCUUCGUAAUAGCUGGGGGAUUCAUGUCCAUCAUAAUAUCGAAGAUGGCAUCAAUUGGGGCAACAACUUAUGCAGAGGCAGCAAUUGUGGUGGAGCAAACAGUUGGUUCAAUCAGGACAGUUGCAUCUUUUACUGGGGAAAAACAAUCUGUGGACGAGUACAAGAAAUCUCUCAAGAGGGCUUAUGAUGCUAGUGUUCAAGAGGGUCUUGUUUCUGGGUUAGGUUUUGGUACCGUAAUGCUUAUCAUGUUCUCUGGGUGUGGUUUGGGGUUAUGGUAUGGCUCAAAGUUGAUAUUGGAUAAAGGAUAUACAGGUGGUGAUGUCAUCAAUGUGAUAUUUGCAAUUCUAAAUGGCUCCCUCUCUUUGGGCCACGCUUCUCCAUGCAUAACAGCAUUUGCAGCAGGGAAAGCUGCAGCAUACAAGAUGUUCGAAACAAUCAACAGAAAGCCAGAGAUUGAUGCUUCCAAUCCCUCAGGAAAGAAGCUUGAUGACAUUCGAGGAGAUAUAGAGUUCAAAGAUGUUUGCUUCACCUAUCCAACUCGAAAAGAUGAGCAAAUCUUCAGAGGAUUUUCCCUAUUUAUACAAAGUGGCACUACAGUGGCUUUGGUUGGAGAGAGUGGAAGUGGGAAAUCUACCGUAAUUAGUCUGGUUGAGCGGUUUUAUGAUCCAGAUGCUGGUGAAGUUCUGAUAGAUGGUAUAAAUUUAAAGGAGUUCCAGCUUAAAUGGAUUAGAGGAAAAAUAGGUCUAGUGAGUCAGGAGCCUGUACUCUUUGCUUCAAGCAUUAGAGAGAAUAUAGCCUAUGGAAAGGAUGGUGCAACGACUGAAGAGAUCAGAGCUGCAGCUGAGCUUGCUAAUGCUGCCAAGUUCAUAGACAAAAUGCCUCAGGGUCUCGAUACUAUGGUUGGUGAGCAUGGAGUACAGCUAUCAGGCGGUCAAAAACAAAGGGUUGCAAUUGCAAGAGCCAUAUUGAAGGACCCUCGGAUUCUACUUCUUGAUGAAGCCACUAGUGCUUUGGAUGCAGAAUCUGAAAGGAUAGUGCAGGAGGCACUUGAUAGGGUAAUGGCAAACCGAACUACUAUUGUUGUUGCUCAUCGUUUGAGCACAGUUAGGAAUGCUGAUACAAUUGCAGUCAUACAUAGAGGUUCAAUUGUUGAAAAAGGUUCGCAUUCAGAGCUACUGAAAGAUCCUAAUGGAGCUUACUGGCAACUCAUCCAUUUGCAAGAAAGGAACCCAAAUUCGGAUAAUUUAUCUCAAUCUGACCACGACAAGCUUACUCUUCCAUCCUUUGUAGAGAGGCACUCUAGCCGACAUAUAUCUUUGAAUCGUUCUAUUACCCGUGUAUCAUCAUCAUCAUCUAUAGGGAAUAGCAGCCGCCACUCUUUCUCAAUACUUCCUCUGGGAAUCGAUAUCCAAGACAAUAGAGCAGAGGCAGCAAACACUGAAGUCACUUCCCAGGAAACACAGGAUGUAUCUCUCAAACGCCUUGUGUACCUCAACAAACCUGAGAUCCCUUCUCUCGCAAUUGGUGCAAUGUCUGCGAUUGUUAACGGGACACUGUUUCCUGCAUUUGGAAUUCUAUUAUCUAGUGCUAUUAAAACAUUUUAUGACCCUCCUGCAAAGAUGAAGAAGGAUUCCAAGCUUUGGUCAAUACUGUUUUGUAUAUUUGGUGUGAUUUCUUUUCUAGCUCUUCCAGCUAGGACAUAUUUCUUUGGUGUGGCUGGAUCAAGACUAAUAAGAAGGAUACGACUGAUGACUUUUGAGAAGGUGGUUCACAUGGAGAUUGGAUGGUUUGAUGAGCCUGAAAACUCGAGUGGAGCAAUUGGAGCUAGAUUAUCAGCAGAUGCCGCAACUGUUAGGCGUCUUGUAGGCGAUUCACUUGCCUUAUUUGUUCAGAAUAUCACUACUUUACUUGCCGGUCUGGUGAUUGCUUUUGUUGCAAACUGGCAACUAUCUCUGAUUAUCUUGGCUCUCUUGCCCUUCAUAGGCCUUAAUGGAUGGAUCCAGAUGAAGUUCAUGAAAGGGUUUAGCACGGAUGCAAAGAUGACGUAUGAGGAAGCGAGCCAAGUUGCAAAUGAUGCAGUGGGGAGUAUAAGAACGGUUGCUUCUUUCUCGGCCGAAGAUAAGGUGAUGGAACUCUACCAGAAGAAAUGUGACGGACUUACAAAGAGAGGAAUUAUGCAAGGAUUGAUUAGUGGUAUUGGUUUUGGAGCAUCCUUCUUCGUGCUUUAUUGUGUUUAUGCAGCUUGUUUAUAUGCCGCAGCACGCCUGGCACAGGAUGGAAAGAUUACAUUUGGAGAAAUUUUUCGAGUUAUCUUUGCUCUCUCUAUGGCAGCCAUUGGAAUUUCUCAAACAAGUGCCACAGCAACAGAUUCUAGAAAAGCGAAAGCUGCUGCAGCUUCUGUGUUUGCAGUUCUUGAUCACAAGUCUAAGAUAGAUGCUAAUGAUGAUUCCGGGACAAAAUUAGAAAUGCUAAAUGGAAACAUUGAGUUUCGGCAUAUCAAUUUCAAAUAUCCAACAAGGCCACAUGUCCAGAUUUUCCAAGACUUAUCCUUGUCAGUUCCUUCAGGAAAGACUCUUGCAUUGGUUGGAGAGAGCGGAAGCGGUAAAUCAACCGCGAUAGCUUUAUUACAGAGAUUUUAUGAUCCCGAUUCAGGUCAUAUAUUGAUAGAUGGAAUUGGGAUAGAAAAGUUUCAGGUGAAAUGGCUGAGGCAACAGAUGGGUCUUGUAAGUCAAGAGCCAUCCUUGUUUAACAACAGUAUUCGAGCUAACAUUGCCUAUGGAAAAGGAGGAGAAGCUACUGAGGCUGAGAUUGUUGCUGCUGCUGAGUCAGCGAAUGCCCACAGGUUCAUAUGCAAUCUGCAGCAGGGUUAUGAUACAUUGGUUGGAGAGCAAGGGAUCCAGCUAUCGGGCGGUCAGAAGCAACGGGUGGCGAUUGCACGUGCCAUCGUGAAGCAUCCCAAAAUUUUGCUUCUUGACGAGGCAACAAGUGCCCUUGAUGCUGAAUCUGAACGUGUUGUUCAGGAAGCAUUGGACCGAGUUAUGGUAAAUAGGACCACAGUAGUUAUCGCCCAUCAGUUGUCUACAAUUAAAGGUGCUGAUGUAAUAGCGGUCGUUAAAAAUGGUAUGAUCAUAGAGAAAGGGAAGCAUGAAACACUGAUGAAUAUCAAGGAUGGGGUUUAUGCCUCCUUAGUAGCACUUCAAUCAAGUUCUGGUUCAUGAAGUACAACAGUUUUUAUUUAUGAGAUUAUGAGUGACAUUGUCUCAUGUAACUAUAAUUAAAUUACGUUGAAAUGUGAUUGGUAAAACUCUCAAUGUAAAAUUCGUGCCGAAGAUUAUUGUGAUUACAUUUCUCUGUAACUCGUGUUUGUUGUAUAUGAUAUUAACAUUUUCAUAGCGAA